CCGAGGCUCGAGAAGCAUCAAAAGAUUUCAUCUUGUGUUUGUGUGCCCCGAGUCUGCUCACGCUCUGCCACGACGCUACAGCCUUACCACCUGUCCCAUCUCAUCUCUUCUGGUUCGCACCGUCUCGUCAGCCGUCUCGUCAGGCUUGCCCUUGCAUCAAUCAACCGUAAACCUUCAGGUAAGGAAAACCCACACUCUCCCGUAUGUCGCAUGCUCUUCCGCCCCCCUCCCCGGCUCUCUAUGUUUUUCCAUCCGUCCCCCUUCGCGGACUGUCUUUCCGUCUCUCUCUCUCUCUCUCUCUCUCUCUCUCUCUCUCUCUCUCUCUCUCGCAUAUCCAACUUCCAACCGACUCCUUGGCUGAAGAGCUUUGGGGCUGGUCAAAACAUGCCGCGGUCAUAUCCAUCUUGCCAAACACCGUCAACCAUGGCGUUGCAUCAUGGUUGAGUUUCAUGGGGAAGGACACUACAACAGCACGGCAUGCGACCGAACAAGACCGAACCACUCCUGUUGCCGCUUCAGCUACUGCAGUCGUCACCGGCGCACUCCGACGUACACUCCAUCAUUGGCCUCAAACCCGAGGUACCUACCUUAACCUGAGGCUUAGGCGCACAUCAACGGUUCGCGUCGGUUCGCUUCGCCCCAAGGGAUCACGCCGUCCUGGCCGAGGUACCAUGGAGCUUGGGGUACCUAGCGUGCACCACCAGACCCCUGCAAUACACACGGUUGGAACACCGCUAGGCGUACCCGGUACAUGGCCAUUCCAUCCGGUCUACCGCGACGCUUUUUGCCCAUGGGGUUUCCCUGUCUUGCUUUCCAGAGACUGGACCGCUGUGAGAAGCGUGUGCAGCUGGAACUACGGCGGCGUCCCUCUCCAGGAGGGAAGGGACGGGGGGGAGAAGAAGAGAAAAAAGAAGAGAACAGAACGAUGCUCUUCUUGUCCCUUUGCGCCGUCUCAUCAUACUCGUUUUUCAUCAUCACCCAUCAUCGCAUCUGCUUCUCCUCCCUCCUCUCGUCUUACCUGGACAUCGGACUGGUUUCCAAAAGACGAUCGCACAGAAUCCUAUCACCAAUCUAUCAAUAAACCUAGAGGAAGACCAGACCGUCCCCGCGCUCGAACUUCUUCUUCUUCUUCUUCUUUUUCUUUUUCUUCUUUUUUCUUCCCUCCCCUCUGUCUUUCGCCUGGCCAUACAAAGCGACGGAGAUAGCGUUGGGCUUGCCUGGAAGUCCCUUGCCUAGCUCUCAUCCUGACGGACGGCCCUGACCCUUUUGUCGUUACACCCCCGGACGCAACGCUUUGAGUCCACGGCCCAUGGUCCCUUGGUCCACUCCCACCCGCAGCCUGCAACCUUGCCAUCUCUUAUUUUUAACAUCCACC